AUAUAAACCGGAGCCGGUUACUCACCAUCUUACUGACUGACUGCGGACCAGGAGCACAGUGUUAUACCAUCUCUCUGUAUUUCUGCCCGUCUGGCCUGUUUUAAUCUUUCUGUCGUGUCGUGUUUUUUAUUUAUUGUAUUCGUGGUUUUCGGUUAGAGCUGUAGAAACGGUUAUUUUAUUCAGUUUCGAGCUGCUGCUGGUGUGAUAAAGGAUAAAUCCCAUUAAUUUCUCCACUGAUUCCUGGAACUGAACAGAGGACGAAGAAGCGCGUAACCAGAUAUAUUUCACAACCGCGAGCGAAGAACCCGCGAGGACCAGGGUUUUAGAUCCAGUUUCAGAGAAUGAGCAAAACCCCUGGCCAACCAGAGAUGAGUCGCUUCAAUAUUUCACCAGAUGAAGACAGCAGCUGCAGUUCCAACAGCAACGAUUACCAGGGUUAUCAAGAUUGCACUGGCAAGAAAGGCCCCAUCGGCAGCAGUCAGUAUGCGGACAUGGACGCAGAGAAUCAGAACUUCCUCCCACAUUAUGCAGCAAAGAAGAAAUAUGAAGAAGAAUAUCACCCUGGCACAGCCUCCUUCGGGAUGUCUGUAUUUAACCUGGGCAAUGCCAUCAUGGGCAGUGGAAUCCUGGGCCUGUCGUAUGCCAUGGCUAACACUGGGAUCGCCUUGUUUGUUAUUCUGCUUGUAGCCGUGUCCAUCUUCUCCCUCUACUCUGUUCAUCUGCUGCUCAAGACUGCCAAUGAAGGAGGUUCUUUGGUCUAUGAGCAGUUGGGCUACAAGGCUUUUGGCAUGCCAGGAAAGCUGGCAGCAUCUUGCUCCAUCACCAUGCAGAACAUUGGAGCCAUGUCCAGCUACCUCUAUAUUGUGAAGUACGAGUUACCAAUAGUCAUCAAAGCAUUUGUUGAAAACAGUGAUGGGAUGUGGUACACUAAUGGAGACUAUCUGGUGAUGCUUGUGUCUCUCAUCAUUAUUUUACCUUUGUCGCUGCUAAAAAAUCUGGGCUACCUCGGAUACACAAGUGGAUUUUCGUUACUGUGCAUGGUCUUCUUCGUAAUUGUGGUGAUCUACAAGACCUUCCAGAUCCCCUGCCCGCUGCCCAACGACAUCAUCAACAUGACACUGAACCACACAGUGGCACACAACAGCUCAGUCUGCACACCCAAAUACUUUGUCUUCAAUUCACAGACCGUGUAUGCUGUUCCCAUUCUCACCUUCGCUUUUGUGUGUCACCCUGCCAUUUUGCCCAUGUACGAGGAGCUCAAAGAUCGUUCUCGCAAGAAGAUGCAGGGUGUAGCCAAUGUGUCAUUUCUGGCGAUGUUCAUCAUGUACCUGCUGGCUGCUCUCUUUGGAUACCUGACCUUCAAUGAUGCCGUCGAGUCUGAGCUUCUGCACACAUAUUCCAAGGUUUACAAAUUUGAUGUCGUGCUGCUGAUUGUGCGUCUGGCUGUGUUGACUGCCGUCACUCUUACUGUCCCUGUGGUUCUUUUUCCUAUCCGUACCUCAGUCAACCAGCUGCUGUGUGCUUCUAAAGAGUUCAGCUGGAUCCGACACACCAUCAUCACUGUCAUCCUGCUGGCCUGCGUCAACGUGCUUGUCAUCUUUGUCCCCACCAUCAGGGAUAUCUUUGGAUUUAUUGGUGCUUCUGCUGCUGCUAUGCUGAUCUUCAUCCUGCCCUCUGCUUUCUACAUCAAGUUAGUGAAGAAGGAGCCUAUGAUGUCUGUCCAGAAGAUUGGGGCAUGCGUGUUCCUUGCCAGUGGAUUCCUUGUCAUGUUUGGUUCCAUGACUCUGAUUGUCCUGGACUGGAUUCACAAUGCUGGUGCUUCAGAGGCCCAUGGUGACGGUCACUGAGGGGUGUGGUCCCAGCUCAAGCGGCAGGCAGGCAGGUUGCUGCCUCUGUCCAGCCCGUCAAUACUGAGAUCACUAAAACUGCAAAAACUGAAUGAAAAAAAAAAUGCUCUCUUUCCAGCUCAGAGCAAAGACCUACAUACCAUUCUGAGAGAAUGUGCUGAACUUUGUACAGUAUGCUGUUAGGCCACAAAGAUGGUGAUUUUUCUUAUUUUUAUGUUGCUGUGAUCAGUUUUUCAGUUGUGUUCUGCUCUUCUGAUCGUUUUUUUAUUCAUUUUUUUUAUUUCAUUUAAAAAAUUUUUGUAGUUCUGGUGCAGUUGAAACACAUUGUUUCACGCGAUUGUUUCACAGGAACUGUGAGCGUCUUGCAGUUGAAAUAUCAGCUCAGCACGAGAUUGCUUCACAGCGUUCAGGUUUAGCUAUUCUGUCUUGCAACCAAAACCCGACCAGCUCCGAGCCGCAACACACAAAGCAGUGGCAACAAGAACUCGCUUUACUUAAGGCUACGGGCCUUAGCUUUUGACUUGUCUUUUUACCUUUGCCAAAAACUAUUUCCUACUGGUUUGUAUAUUUAAAAGCACUUAAUAUUCAGCACACACGUGAACGUCGUCAGCUCAAAACAUUACUACACUGCUUUGAGAGUAUUUGUUAAAAUGCCAUUUUGACUGUACUGCUUUUAGUGAACUUGUAAAAAACUUGCUUAGACUUGCUACUAACAAACAAAAGAAAACGCUUAUUCAUAGUUGUUGUUCACCCGAGGUCAUGGUUAGUGAAACAGCCGAAUGAACUUACUGUAACACACUGUAAUCUUAUUUGAGAACUAGGCAACAUCUUUUUAACAGCAAUAACUUCUUUGCUCAAAAGGCAAGACUGAAAGUUUGAUCGCUGUCCUUCUAUCUGUUAGAAGGAGCACCAAAGUUUUUCUUUAGGAAAGAAUGCAAUUUUAUUUUGACCACAUACAGUGGUUGCUCAGUAUUAAUGAGCCAUACAAUAUUGUGUAUGCUUUUUGAUGGCAGAGCCUCAUGUUGCUGAAAAACAAACGGUACAAUAAGACUUCCCAGAGGAGUGGAGAAAGGGGAAGAGGUUUUCAGUGUUUGUACGACUUGACUUGCCAUCUGUGUUAGCCAUCGGCAGCUUAAUGUUACUUUGCUCGUUCACCUGGGAUAAGUGAGAUUUAUGGAUAAGAGCAGAGAAGGAAAAAGGACAAGAGAACUGAUAAGACAUCCGUCACGUCCACUGGUCAGUCUGUCACGAGCCCUUUGAGUGAAAUGGUUGCCUGGGUGCAGCCUUCACAUACACACUAGUAAAACCUCACUGUGCUUCCAAUCGCUAACCUCAUAUGUCAUCUAAGAUGUUAUUGUCCAACACUUAUUUAUGGAAGAACAUCAAUGUAAUUUAAUCUAUUUUACUAUAUUUAUAUAUUGUAAAUAUUUGUAUAUACCAACCAGUUGAAGUGUGUGUAUAUAUAUAUAUAUAUAUGCGUUUUUUUGUUUUGUUUUUUGGUCAGUUUUGCUCAGUAUAUGGCAACUAUGAAAUCAACUGUUGAACUGAGUAGUCUUGUACAUGUAUUGCCCACUGGUUUGGGGUAUGGACUUUCUGUUGAUCAGUGAUAGGCUUUCCUCCACUACUGGCUGGAAGUGAGUGUGCAUUCGGAGGGGUUUCCUGAAGAGAGCACAAGAGAUGGUCCCCCCCACCCCCCAGCUUUAGCAACUUGUGGGUUGGCUGUGGCGCACAUUUCCUUUACACUACUACUAGACUGAUGUAGUUCAACAAAAGAGGGCUAAGAGAACGACCCUCGAGGCCAAAUCCUACAAGUGCUACACUCUUGUUUCAAUGAAACACUAUGUAUAUCCUGUAAUUAAUGAUCAUUAAAGUAUAAUGAUAACCCA